UUUUCCAAUAUAAUAUAAGUGACACAACACAAUUAGAACAAAACAAAAAUUUCCACGCGUGUGGGGAAACCAAAUCCAAUCCCUAAUCAAAUCGGAAAGUCACAGGUUGUCGGUUCCAUGUCUAUAAAACCUUUAUUGUUAUUCAUACUUAAUUUCUUGUUCUAUAAUAAAACAUCAAAGGAUUCUCCUAAACUGUUUUGCUGCCAACUCUUCAAAUUGUAUGUUCUCCUUUUUCUUUUUGUCUCACUAGUGUCUCUUUUUGUUAAUCCCAUCCCCAGACCAACUUUAAUGUUAAAAUAUGAUUAUUCACUGCAUAGGUAUCUAUUUAUGGGUUGUGGUAGAGUUCCCACUUGUAGUUAUAAAGUUUAAAUUCUGAAUCUGCCUCUAGUUAUAGUUGCAUUACCUGGAUUAUGAUUUCUAAAGCUUAACAUGUGUAACAUUUUAUGUGUUCCCAAAGUUAUAGUUGUACUUCUUGUCCAAACAUGUCUUUCUUCAGGCAUACUUAGUAAUUGGUACUUAGUUUGUACAAAUGAAUGUGUGUAGUGAUGAAUACCACCAAAGGUUACGGUGGACUGGUAAGUACUCUUGUAUCCUAAACCAGAGCUUUCGAGUUCAAGCCUCGAGUAUAGAGUCGCCUUUGGUAGAGAGCGCUUUUACUCCCAAAGUGAAACUUCCGGAUGCGAAUUUGAAUUUUUUCGGGCCCCAAAUGUGUCGUGAUUAAACGUUUAGGGAGAAAGUGAAUCAGAAUGGUCCUUAAUGCAUAAUGGCUGCUUUAUUUUGCUCCUUGAUGUAUACCCGUUGACAUAUAUAGUCCUUAAUGAGGUAAAAAGGUGGCUAAUUUGGUCCGGAAAUUUAAGUUUAGCAGAAUUUUUAGAACAAACUGUUAGGGUCAAACCUAAAGUAAAUCUCCAACAUACAUUCAACAUCUUAAAGUACGACAUUACUUUCUUGACUAGAAUUUAAAGUUGGAUUUGUUUUGUGCAGCAUAUUGAAACAUGUUCUCACUUAUGUUUAAGUUCCUCUUUUUUUUUUGCCAAUGAUCAGAAGUCAGAAUGGCGAUGACAGAUAGCGGUAACAUACUUGCAGUUGGAGGGGACGAACUAGAUAGACUUACGGAUCUUCCUAUUAAUGUCAUACACCAGAUUCAGGAUCACAUGUCCAUUGAGGACGCUGCAAGAAUGAGUGUUUUGUCGAGAACGUGUAGAUAUAUUUGGGCUUCAAACCCGAAGCUCGUAUUUGAUACAAAGUUUUGCACAAAGAGAACGUCAUCAAAUACAAUAGACAUGAUUAACACAAUUCUAUUGCAGCACCAUGGAGCCAUUAAGAUAUUCCUCCUGGAUAUUCCAAGUAUUCAUUCUUCUCAGCAUUCAGUUGUUGACCGAUGGAUGCUAUUUUUGUCAAGAAACGGCCUCGUGGAUCUAGUUAUUAAAAAUCGAAACAAUGUCGAUGCUCCUUACAAAUUGCCUUCCUAUGUGUACAGUAUGGCACUAGAAUGUUUGUCCUUGUUAAACUGCAUUUUCAAGCCGCCAUGCCGUUUUCAGGGUUUCCACAAGCUCAAAUGGCUUGACCUUAGACGAGUUACCUUUGAAUUAGAUGCUGCAACUUCUUCCCUCUGGAUGCCAAACCUUGAGAAACUGGGUUUUAUAUUCUGCAGCGGGGUUCAUUUCUUGAAUAUAUAUGCCCCAAAACUUCAUAUUUUGUGUCUCUAUGGCUGUGGCGCCGACACCCUAAACAGACAAGAUAAAGCAAUGAAAUUGACAGAUCUCAUCAUCAGCAGCUCGCCUAACCUUAGUAGUCUUACACUGGGCAGAUACUUCCUCAAGUUUUUUGCUUCUGGUACUAAAGCAGAGAGUCUUCCCACUCGCCUCACCAGAUUGAGAUGUCUCUUUAUUUGGGAUUAUGAUUUUGACAGUGAUGAUCAAUUAUUUGCCCUUCUAAGCAUUCUUAGAAGUUCUCCCAAUUUAAAGACACUUCAUUUUCGUACUUUGCUCCAGUGGAAGGAAGGUGACAUGGAAGUGGAUGUAAAUAAUUUUCAAGGACUAGACUACGGUUCUCAACGACUCAAUAACUUUCAAACAUUGCAAAUAAACAAAUUCCGUGGUUCAAGAGCUGAAUUGCUUUUUGUGAGGUUUAUACUAGCCUCUGCCCCUUUACUCCGGAAGGCCAUCCUUUUGGUAGAUACAAGUUUGAAUGAAAGCCAAUCCUUGAAGAUCUCACAAGAGUUGAUGCGGUUCCCUCGGGCAUCUCCUAAAUCAGAAAUAAUAUUCGAACCAUGGUCAAUAGAACGAGCCAGGCUAUCAGUAGCGUAGAGCAGAGGCGGAUCCAGGAUUUGAAGUUUCCGGGUGCCAUGCGUCAUUCAAUCAAUUUGGGCUUCGGGUCGGAUUAUUCGUCUUUUCGAACUUUGAUUCGGGUUAUUCGCCUUUUCCGAUGAAACAUUUAUUUAUAGCAAUAUACAGAAGAGAAAAGCAUAAAACUUUCAAUAAUAUUACUAAUAUCAUAAAUAUCCAUCAUUCAUUUACAAUUGUCCUCGACGAGGUUUCAUCUUCUGAAAAUGAUCAAUGACGACAUCAUUACUUACAUUUGUGAAUACAUCACGCUCUAUGUAACAAACUGAAGUAAAGCACCGCAAAUUUAAGUAGCCAACAAAAAACACACAAAGCAAUAUGUCAACUUCUUUACAAAAAUGUACAUACCUACAAACAAAAUUACACUUUUAUACAUAACUCUACAAAAAGCACAAGCAAGAUUACAACUUUUCUAUAAAACAGUACACACCCACAAGAAAUUACAACUUUUAUACAUAAAUGUACAAAACCCACAAUCAAGAUUACAACUUUUAUAUGUAAAUGUACAAAACCCACAAGCAAAAUGACAACUUUUAUACAUAAAUAUACAAAACUCACAAGCAAGAUUGCA